AUGUCUACAGCAGCCACCCAUCCCAUAUCUUCCACCUCUCAGCCUCCCAAGGCAGCAGAACGUCUCGAACCAGUCACACCAGGUGCCAGUGCUACCAAACCGCAUGCCAGUGAUGAGAAAGGCGUCAAGGAGAAGCCCGCCAAGGCUAAAAAGGACAAGAAGGCGGGUGGUGGUGAUGGCGGACCUUUGGAGCUCAGUCCUCCUCCCGAAUACUUCUCCGAGCGUAUCAAGAUAUACGACGAGUGGAAGGUUAAAUAUGACAAAUGGGUUGCAGAACAACCACGAGAACCAAUCACCGUCACUCUGCCUGAUGGCAAACAGGUUCAAGGGACAUCAUGGGAGACCACGCCUUUACAAGUGGCCAAGGAUAUCUCUGCGUCUUUGGCAGAUCGGAUCAUCAUUGCCAAAGUGAACAAUCAGGAGUUGUGGGAUCUCACUCGACCAUUGGAAACCUCAUGUACCCUUGCCUUGUUGGACUUUGAUUCACCGGAUAACAAUUAUGAAGCUCGACAAGUAUUUUGGCACUCGUCAGCCCAUGUUCUAGGAGAGGCGUGUGAGAGGAGGUACGAUGGGUGUUGUUUGGGUUAUGGACCUCCUUUGGAAGAAGGUGGUUUCUUCUAUGAUAUGGGGCUAGGAGGAGGUAAAACUAUAGGAGUCGAGGAUUACAAGGGUAUAGAAGAGGUCGCGAGGUUGGCUGUCAAGGAGAAACAACCUUUUGAACGUCUGGAGUUACCAAAAGAGGUUCUGUUGGAGAUGUUCAAAUAUAACAAAUACAAGCAAUACUACAUCAAUGACAAGGUACCAGAUGGUACAAGGACGACCGUUUAUCGUUGUGGACCUCUGAUUGACUUGUGUCUUGGACCCCAUGUUCCUCAUACGGGCCGCAUCAAGUCUUUAGCGGUGACAAAGAACUCCUCCUCCUACUUCCUCGGCGACGCUAAAAAUGACUCCUUCCAACGUGUCUACGGCAUGUCAUUCCCGGAUUCAAAGCAAAUGACAGAGUACAAGAAGAUGCUUGAGGAGGCGGCCAAGCGUGAUCAUAGAAAGAUUGGUAAAGAUCAAGAGUUGUGGCUGUUCAACGAUUUGAGUCCGGGAAGUGCCUUUUUCUUGCCAAUGGGCAUGAGGAUACAGAAUACCCUGGUUACGUUCAUGAAGGCCGAAUAUCAUAAACGUGGCUUCUCCGAAGUUGGCUCACCUAACAUGUUCAACUCCAAACUCUGGGAAACGUCGGGUCAUUGGCAAAAUUAUUCCGAGGAUAUGUUCAAGCUCAAAAUUGAUGACGAUACGUUUGGUCUCAAACCAAUGAACUGUCCCGGACAUUGUUUGAUCUUCGAUUCUCGGGAUCGAAGCUACAAAGAGCUACCAUUGCGUCUGGCAGAGUUUGGUGUGUUGCAUCGGAACGAAGCCAGUGGGGCGUUGUCUGGGUUGACAAGAGUGAGGAGGUUCGUUCAGGAUGAUGCGCAUAUUUUCUGCACCGUAGACCAGGUCGGAUCAGAAAUAGCAGCCGCUUUCGAUUUCCUCGAGGCCGUCUAUGCUCCCUUUGGCUACAAAUUCAAAGUUGGCUUGUCUACUCGUAAUCCUAGCAAAUGGGUUGGAGAUCUCAAAGUGUGGGAGAGAGCAGAGAAGACUCUUGCGGAGGUACUUGAACAGCGAAUGCCGGGACAAUGGGGGUACAAUCACGAGGACGCUGCGUUCUACGGUCCAAAACUUGAUUUCCGAAUGACUGACGCUCUGAGACGUGAAUGGCAAUGCGGAACCAUCCAGCUCGACUUCAACCUACCUGAAAGAUUCAAUCUGAAAUAUCGUACAUCUGAUGCGGCCACAGCGACGGGAGAGGAAGCUACAGCUCAGUUUGCUAGACCUGUCAUGAUCCAUCGUGCGAUCUUAGGUUCUAUCGAACGUUUCCUUGCGAUCUCAGCGGAACACUUUGGGGGGAAAUGGCCUUUCUGGCUAUCACCUCGACAAGUCGUUGUCAUUCCCGUCGCUGCGCCAUUCAAAGAAUACGCAAACAAGGUGGCUCAGACAUUAUGGGAUAAAGGUUUAUUUGCCGAGGCGGAUCUAUCCGAUAAUACAUUGAACAAGAAGAUUAGGAACGCUCAGACCGCUCAGUGGAAUUUCAUCAUGGUGGUCGGUCAAGAUGAACUUACCGCUCAAGCAGUCAAUGUACGUCAAAGAGAUGACGAAGUUCAAGGACGAGAAGAGACGAUCAAGGUUGAUGUGGUGUUGGAGAAGUUACUCAAGUUGAAAGAGUCAAAGUCACCCUUGAGCAAGCUGGAUCAGUGA